AGGGUGUGGGAGGAGCGGGAGAGGAGGCGGCGAGCCGCGUGGGGAGGAGUCUGCAAACUUUGAGCGCGAGGGCAUUGUGGGAAGCAGCCAUGGUCUGAGGCGGGCGUCUCACCUGUCAGCCGCGCCGGCUACUGAGCUCGGCUUUAGCCCUCAAGUCCACCAAGUUCGCCGCUGGCAGGACUAGGGCGGCUGCGGCGGGGCCACCAUGAUACAUUUCAUAUUGCUCUUCAGUCGACAAGGGAAAUUACGGCUGCAGAAAUGGUACACCACACUUCCUGACAAAGAAAGGAAAAAGAUCACCCGGGAAAUUGUUCAGAUUAUUCUCUCUCGUAGUCACAGGACAAGCAGUUUUAUUGACUGGAAGGAGCUAAAACUUGUUUAUAAAAGGUAUGCUAGUUUAUAUUUUUGCUGUGCAGUAGAAAAUCAGGACAAUGAGCUCUUGACACUAGAGAUUGUGCAUCGGUACGUGGAGUUGCUGGACAAAUACUUUGGAAAUGUCUGUGAGCUGGAUAUUAUCUUUAAUUUUGAAAAGGCUUAUUUUAUCCUUGAUGAAUUUAUAAUAGGAGGAGAAGUUCAGGAAACAUCCAAAAAAACAGCUGUCAAAGCCACUGAAGACUGCGACAUGUUACAGGAGACAAUGGAAGAAUACAUGAACAAGCCUACAUUUUAACUGUGCAUCUACGUGAAAUCUACUUGAAGACUUCGAGUACUCUCUGUUGGGGAUGUGUAGAUAAGCAAUGCUUUGCAUCUGGGUUUUUGAUGGAACCUCUGGCACCAUGCCAAAGUAACCUAAAGGGAUUCUUUGUUAACUAACAGAAGUUAAAGUUGUUUAAAUAAUAUAUUUUAAUUAUGACAUGUCUGUAUUAUACUGUAUAUGAGUACUUAUUUUACUCUGGUUGUUUAAAAAAGUUGCUGUAUAACUCAAUGGACUCAAUGGUUUGCAAUGUUUUAACCCCACAUGAUAUAGUUAUGCUAAUUUUUAUAAAUUAGCGGCAAUAUAUUUUUGUUGCAUUUGAUUCUACACUGACAGGUUAAAAACUAUAUUGUAAUAACCCAUGACUUUGAAUGUAAAGAAUAUCUUAUAUCAUUAAUACUUUUUCUAAAUGUUUAGUUUUUAAAAAUUUUAUAAUUCAAAAUUCUGUUACUAGUUCAGUCCAUACAUAAUGCUAGACAUUUUAAUACAGUUUUUAAUACUGUAAUUUCAGUCCAGCUACAAUGUAUCUGAUUUUAAUGCCCUGAAUUCACUUAUUUUUUUCAUAAUUGGAAUUAAGGAAAAUAACCAAAGAGAAUAUAGAAUUUAGCAAGUAUUUUUGAUACCUUACAAGCUGCUGUCAA